CCUGCCUGCGAGAGCGAAGUUUGUUUAGUCCUCGCGCAACCGUCGAGGUAUCACGUGGCGUGUGACGCCUGGUUCAGGGUGAAGCCGAGUUUUUAUUUAUUCCUGAUUUGAAAUCGCUGUCGCGUUCGCGUUUCGAACGGACCGGUGAAGAGGAUCGUCGAUAUUUUUCAGCAGAGCGAGUGAGCAGCGUUGAGAAUAAAGUCAAGACCUUCUCGUAAAGUAAAAAAACAAAAAUAAGAAAUAAAAAUAAAGGAAGGCUUGACGCGUUUGAGAGGCCUUUAUCGCACCUGACGCAUCGACGCAGAAAAACAAAAGACAAUAAUACAAGAUCGAGAAUGGCCGACGCGGAAUUGAGUAACCUUUUAAACAGGAGACAGAGGAUCAACGAGGAACUCGAGGAGGGGAAAGAAGUCAAGAAGGAGUACAAAUACGUGAACGUGUACACGGAAUUCCACGAACUCUCGAGGCGCGAAAUCAAGCAGUACGAGCAGACCUUCAACAGAUUUGACGACGGCCGCGACGGUUUCCUUGAUCUCGCUGAACUCAAACGGAUGAUGGAAGUUCUCGGGGCUCCGCAGACUCAUCUUGGCCUGAAAGCCAUGAUUCAGGAGGUAGACGAGGAUCGUGACAGCCGAAUCUCUUUCCGAGAGUUUCUCCUAAUAUACCGAAAAGCUCGAGCCGGUGAGCUGGACCAGGGAUCCGGGCUGGGACAACUUGCAAGACUGACGGAAGUCGACGUUGACGAAGUGGGCGUAAACGGUGCGAAAAACUUCUUCGAAGCCAAGAUCGACGAGUUACGCAAAGCCAAUAAAUUUGAAGAUGAGAUCCGGAUGGAGCAAGAGGACCGUAAACGCGAGGAAGAAGAAAAAGCUGCCAGACGCGCACAAUUUCGUGAAAAGGCUGCCCUCUUUGGUAAUAAUUGAGAUAAGAAACUGGAAGAAAAUGAGAGAGGAGAAGAGGAGAGUAACGAAACAACAACAUGUAUGCUGUAAAAGUUGUGAAGAAAAAAAAAACAGAGCUCCGGAGUCAAAGUAUGCGAUAUAGUUUUGUAAAAUUUCGAUGUAUUGUAAAAUUUUGAUAAUUGUUUGUUGAUAUGAAGCUAGGUGUUAUAUAAUUAUUGAACGCGUUUAUAAAUAUGUUAUAUGUAGAAUGCGUAUAAUUGAAGUUAUCUAUCAGACAUCUUUGCGGUUAUGUUAAAGGUAAAAGGUAUAUGACAACUUGCAACUUGCUCAAAACAAGAGAACGAAUAUAUUAUAAUGUAUAGAUAGAUAGAUAGAUAGAUGUAUAGGUAGAUAACUUCAAGUAAGAUCGUAAUAGUCAAUCUUCGUCAGGAAACAAA